AUGCGCGACGGGGGGGUCACAGUUGUGCGCUGCCCCUGUGAAUCACACGUCUGCAAGGGGAGCAAGCCAGACGGGGGGCGGCGGAGGAGGGGGUCCAGCGGCAGCAGAGGCCGGGGCGCAAUCUGGGCGGAGGGGCUCCCUCUUGGGGCAGGGGUCCCGCCCUCCAAGGCAGGCAGCGCCGCCGGGGCGGGUGGGCGUGCAGAGGCCGUCCCCGUCCCCGGCGAGGGCGGAGAGAGGCGGCGGCCGCCCCUCGCUUGCCCUCCAGCCGCGGCGGCGGAGGCGGAGCCGGGCGGCCGAGCGCGGCUCUGGGGCCACCAGCGAGCGAGCGAGCGAACGAGCGAGCGGGCGCGCAAAGCCGGAGCCGCAGAAGCAGCCGCGGCAGCAGCAGCAGCAAGCCGGGGAGCCCGCCCUGCCCAUGGCGCAGCGCCUCGCCCCCGCCGCGCCGCCCCGCGCCCAGCCAGCCCCGGGCCGGACCGAGCGGCGGGCAGGCGGCGGCGCCCAGUGACCAGCGCGGCCAGGCCAGGCCAGGCGAGGCUCCGGGUCGCGAUGCUGCUGCUGCCGCCGAGCCGGGGCCGGGCGCGCCGGCGGAGGAAGGAGCGGCUGCUGGGCCAGCUGUGCGCCCUGGCCUCGCUGCUCCCGCUGCUGCUGCUCGCCUGCUGCGCCCGGGCAGGCCGCGCCGACGGUUACGAUGCUCUGAACUUUGCUUUGGAAACGAACGACAAGUGGAUCGGACGGCGGCUGCUGCAGGAAGGCAAAGAAAACGUCACAGAUAACCCCGAAGAGGCUGAAUUGCUCUAUCUCAAAAACUGCACUGAACCAGGUAGGAUGGGUUUCGGCCUCCUUCCCUGUGUAGAGUUCCAGCCGCAUUGUUACAUCCAAGACACCUUGCUGCUGAGCUGCAUAAACACAUAUUUUGUGCCUCUGCACCUUUUCAAGUUUAUAAUCCUGUAG